AUGGCAGCAGCAAGCUCAGAGGAGCCGUUCAAUACAUUUGCUGACGCAGUAGAAACGGUAGAAUUGACUGUUCAGACUGGACCAGGGUGGGAUCCAAGCCUGAGUGGUGAUUGGGACAAAGUGAAAGCCAGUCCACAAUGUAUAAUGAGAAUUAAAAGAGACAUAAUGACAAUAUAUAAAGAACCACCACCAGGCAUGUUUAUAGUACCAGAUAAAGAUGAUUUAACCAUUAUACACAGUCUGAUAACUGGACCAUUUGAUACACCAUAUGAAGGAGGGUUUUUCUACUUCUUGAUACGAUGUCCACCAGAUUAUCCUAUCCGUCCACCCAGAGUUAAACUGAUGACAACUGGGGAUGGCAGGGUACGCUUUAAUCCUAACCUUUAUAAAAAUGGAAAAGUUUGUUUGAGUAUAUUGGGGACAUGGUCAGGUCCAGCAUGGUCUCCUGCUCAAAGUUUAUCUACAAUAUUAAUGUCUAUACAGUCUUUAAUGAAUGAAAAACCUUAUCAUAAUGAACCAGGCUUUGAAACUGAGCGAAAUGCAGGAGAUGCUAAACGCUAUAAUGAUAUUAUUUGUCAUGAAACAAUCCGUAUAGCAGUAUGUGAUAUGCUGAUGGGAAAAAUACAUUGCCCUGAUGCACUGAGAGAAGUUAUGGAGAAAUCUUUUCCUAAUUAUUAUGAUUAUUAUGAAGGUGUUUGUCAUUCUUGUAAAAAUAAACAAGGACAAAGCAUGCAGGAUCCAUUUGGUGAAAAGCGAGGUACAUUUGAUUAUGAGACUUUAUUAAAUAAAUUAAAGAUGAUAAAAAGUAAAUUGUCUGAAAAGAAUGACAGUUCAGAUGAUAUGGAUGAUGGAACAGAUUCAGAUAUGGACACAUCUGCUCCUAGUACCAGCUGA